CCAGUAGUCUGUCUCAGAACCCGUCUGUAAGUAUGUUCUCCCUGUCCAUGAUGGUCGGGCUGGUCCCAAUAGUGUCACUCUUGGGUUUGUUCUACUCUGCUGCCGUGGAUGACAACUUCCCUCAAGGCUGCACCAGCAGCAGCAGUCUGUGUUUCUACAGCCUGCUGCUGCCUGUCACCAUCCCAGUCUACGUCUUCUUCCACCUCUGGAGCUGGAUCGGGAUCAAGCUUUUUAGACACAACUAGGCUGUUCUCCUUCUGUUCUGUUGAACUUCAGUACAAUUCAGUCAUCUGUUGGUGAUGUACCUUGCAUUUCCAGACCUAUUCUGUCUCUUUCUGAUAAAUGGAAAAAAUGGAACGGUUUGUUAUCGACACAUUACAUGCACAGCUACAAUGGAGUUUAAUAGACAAGUGUUGCUUUCUCCACAAACACUAGAAUGAAAUGCUGCUGUAAUCCACAUUUUGAUUGCGAUCUAAAGGAAAUAGAAAUGUUGCAGGACAUAAGGCAGAACUAGGCAGGGCAGAAUUAAGGAAAUUCAAUGCAACAAAAAUAUGUGGAGAGCUUAAUUGAAGACUAGAAGGUUAAUAUGUUAGUCACAAAAGCUAGGAAAAAAAAUAAGAUCCUGUUGCCAAGUUUGUAAAUGACAAAGUAUUACAGUAAAUCCUGAACAUUUGCUUAGUACAGUGUAAGGUGGAAGGUUGACUAUUUGUGGAUGACAUAUACAUUGCUACUGAGGUGACGUUAAUAAAGACAAUAAUACACAAUGUAA